CUUUAAACCUCUUCUGAGUUUUUCUUUCUCAAAUGUUCAGAGCUAAAAACCCUAAAUCCCCAAUUCAUCAAAGCUUCGUUCUUUAUCUUCUUCGCCAAAUUAGUUCGAGAAACAGAGAAACUAGUGUUGGUUCGGCUCGUACAUACCAAUCAGGACCUGCUUCAAGCCCUAGCUUAUCGAUAUGGAGACGGAAGAAGGAAAUGAGCAAAGAAGGUUUAAUCGCUGCCAAAGAGCUCAAACGUCUGCAAACCAAAUUGGUCCGACUCGAUCGGUUCAUUUCUUCUCAUGUCGCUCGUCUCCUUAGAUCUGAUCUUGUUUCUGUUCUUGCUGAGUUUCAGAGACAAAACCAAGUUUUCCUCUGUAUGAAGCUCUACGAAGUUGUGAGAAGAGAAAUAUGGUAUAGACCGGAUAUGUUUUUCUACAGAGACAUGCUCAUGAUGCUUGCAAGAAACAAGAAAGUGGAUGAAACCAAGAAAGUAUGGGAAGAUUUAAAGAAAGAAGGGGUUUUGUUUGACCAACAUACAUUUGGAGAUCUUGUUCGAGCGUUUUCGGAUAACGAGCUUCCGGUAGAAGCAAUGAGAUUGUAUGGAGAGAUGAGAGAUUCUCCUGACCCGCCUCUGUCUCUGCCUUUUCGUGUUAUUUUGAAAGGACUCGUUCCUUAUCCUGAGUUGAGAGAGAAGGUGAAAGAUGAUUUCUUGGAGCUUUUCCCUGGAAUGAUUGUGUAUGAUCCUCCCGAGGAUAUAUGCGAAGAAAGUGAUGAUGAAGCAAGGACAGAUAGCGAUCUUGAGUAGAGAGUUUCAGGUUAGAUUAAGUGGAAAAUAUCAAUUUGUGGCUAUGUAAAAACUGAAACGAGUAUGUUUGUGGAUGGAACAAACUAUGGCUAUUGAUAACCGAAGAUGAUGGGGGAUAAUUGAACAAGGAUUCAAGAAACUAAUGUGUAAAGUCUCUCGCGGGAAUGCUGAAUGCUGUUGUAUUAAAUUAGUUCAAGAUCAUUUUGAAAAAAAUACCAUCGAAAGAUUUUAAAAACCAAUAUUGUGCAAUGAUCGGUC